AUGACAAAUGGAAACCUGGAGUUCGGUUCGGGUCGAAGUAUUGUGGAUGCUUUUGCUGAUUAUUUUGAGUCCGUUUAUAUUCAAUCUGAUCCUGUUUUUGUGGAGUCUGAUUUCCCCGAUCAUAGUCUUUGUUUGUCAGUGGAGAGCUUCAGCUUGGAGGAGGUUGAGGNCGGCGUUUCCCGAUUCAAGACCGAGCCCGUAGAAGAAGAAAUCCUGCGGCUGGAUCAGCGAUGGCACAGAAAUAGGGGAAGAGGGAAGUCGGAGCGAGGCGGACAUGGUACAAGAUUCACGCGCGGCCAGAGCGGCCGAGCUUAUGCAGACACGACGCCGACGUCAGCCGGUGCGUCAUCAGCAAGGGGUGACAUCCACGGUGGUGGCGGCGCAAUCGAUGAUUUGUUUUCAAAAUUAAAGGGGGGUAAACAGUUUUCGAAAAUAGAUUUGUCACAGGCUUAUUUACAGUUAUUGCUCGAUGAUGAGUCCAAAGAAUUAACUACAAUUAGUACACAUAGAGGUUUGUUUAAGUAUAAUAGAUUACCCUUUGGUGUGGCUUGUGCUCCAGCAAAAUUCCAGCGUACGAUGGAAUUACUGUUUAAUAAAAUGGAUGGUGUAUGUUGUUUUAUGGACGACAUCUUGAUCGCUGGUCAAAACGAUAAAGAGCAUUUACAUAGAUUAGAGCAAGUUUUUGAAACUUUGCAAGAUUGCGGAUUGACGGUGACGGGAGAAAAAUGUUCUUUUUUUGUACCAUCAGUUUCAUACUUAGGUUAUGUAAUUGAUAAGAACGGACUUCAUAAAUCGAUGAAUAAAAUAAAAGCAAUCACAGAAAUCCCGAAACCAAAUAAUGUCACCCAAUUAAAAUCAUUCUUAGGAGCAAUUAAUUAUUAUCACCGUUUUAUGCCAAAUAUACCAAAUAUGUUACACCCAUUGUAUGAAUUAAUUAAAAAAGAUGUUCCUUGGUGUUGGAGUAACGAAUGUGAUCAGUCAUUUUCAACAAUUAAACAAAUUUUAGCUUCAGAUCAAUUUUUAGUUCAUUAUAAUCCCGAUUUACCAAUUCAAUUAACAGUUGAUGCUUCAGAAUUCGGGUUGGGAGCAGUGCUUUCCCAUGUUUAUGAGUCAGGAAUAUCAGGUUGGCCUGCAAAUUGCAAUGAUUAUAUUAAACCAUAUUUUAAAAGAAAAAAUGAAAUAAAUAUUGAAGACGAUAUACUCGUCUGGGGUUGUAGAGUAAUUAUUCCUGAAACUUUACGAAAAAAUAUAUUAGAUGAAUUACAUUUAAAUCACUUUGGAAUUGUUAAAACAAAGAGUCUAGCGAGAUCUUACAUUUGGUGGCCUUCCCUAAACAACGAAAUAGAAAAUAUGAUUCGAAAUUGUUCAUCUUGUAAAAGUAUAAGACAGACCCCACAAAAAGUUUCCCUACAGAAUUGGCCCUUGGCCGGGGUGUGGGAAAGAUUACAUAUUGAUUUUAUGGGUCCUAUUAACAAUAAAUUUUAUUUAAUUGUCAUUGACUCAUACUCAAAAUGGCUAGAAGUUUAUUCCAUGUUAUCAAUAACUUCUUUAAAUACGAUCAAUAGACUUAGGGAAUUAUUUUCUAGAUUUGGAUUACCAAAAACAGUUGUAUCUGAUAACGGACCUCAAUUAACAUCACAAGAAUUUAAAAAUUUUUUAAAGUCAAAUGGUAUUACUCAUAUAACUUCACCUCCUUAUCAUCCAGCGUCUAAUGGCAGUGCCGAAAAUUCUGUAAAAACUGUAAAGAAAUUUUUAAUUAAAGUUUUGAAAGAUUCAAAGAGAAAUCUAGCCAAUUUGAAUUUGUUGUUAAAUAAUUUUCUUUUGGAUUAUCGUAACACAGAACAUUGCAGUACUGGUGAAUCACCAGCAAGAAUAUUUUUGAAUAGACCCUUAAGAACGAGAUUUGAUUUAAUCAAGCCGAAUUCUAUUCAAAACAGAGAUAAUAAAACGUCUGCAAUUAUUAAAGACAAUAUUAUGGCUAGUAAUAAUCGUAAUAAAUACAAUUUUAAGGGGGGAAGAAAAGUAGUAUUUUCAAUAGGACAAAAAGUUUUGGUUAAGGAAUAUAAAGGUAGCAAAUUUAGUUGGAUUGACGGAAAAAUAACAAAAAAAUUAGGAAAGUUUGUAUAUAUAAUUUACUUACCUGAUUCAAAUACUUACUGUAAAAGACACGCGAAUCAAAUGAUAGAAUGUAAACAAAAUAAUAGUAGUAAUGACAGUCAUCCUUACCUUGAUAUGUUAACACAUUCACAUGUAACUUCGGGUGUUCUAAUGAAGGCACAAUCAAUUAAUAAAAAUUUAACAGAAACUAAUUCGUCACGUUCAUCGGAACAACUUGAGGAAGAUUUAUCUUGUAAUGUAAAUCGUCCAAUUCGUAAAAGGCGUCCUCCCGAUCGAUUAGAAUAUAAUUAA